CGCGCAUUUUCGCGGAAUUAGAAUUUUGAUUGAUUGUAAUCAUGGCGGACGAGGAGACGAAAUCCCGAGACGAUGUUGUGUCUCCUGUGAACGACAGCGACUUAGAAAGCCAAGAUGACAAGGAAGAAGUAUUUCUCCUGGAGAGUGACUCCGAAGAUGAUUCCGACAGUGAAAGGAAACCAGUGGAUUCGGUGCAGGCGGAAAAAAUAGAGCGGAAAAUGCCGGGGAUAAAUCCGAGAAUCGACCAGUCAUUGUCAGACAUAGUGAAGAAGCAGAAGCAUGUGAAACGCUAUGAGAACAAGAACAGUGCCAAGUUUGUGACUGGACUAGAUAUAACAUCGAAGGAAGCCCGUAAGAAGAGAGAAGACAGGGCCAAGAGGUUUGGUGCAUCAAGCAAAGAUAAAUCAGGAGAGAAAGAGGAGGAGGAGGAGGAACAGGAAGAUAUAUCAAACGUUGUACUAGCCCCAGGAUCUAAAAUAGAUGGUAGUCCUGUUCGUUUUGAAGCACUUCAUCUGAUAGGCGUUGACGACAUGAGUACCCAGGAUAUCUUCAGCUAUUUCCAGAGCUAUGAUCCGUCCUCUAUAGAAUGGAUCAACGACACAUCAUGUAAUAUAGUAUGGAUGGACCCGCACUCGGCCGCCAGGGCCCUUCUAGGCAUGAGCAAGCCUAGAGAAGGCUACUUCAAGCUGGGCCUGAAGAACCUAGCCCAGUCCAGGCAUCUGUUAGAGCCAGAACCAGUCCAAGAACCUGAACCUAGGAUAGAACUGGAAUCAGAGCCGAUGGAAGAGGGAGGAGAUGAAGAUGAAGACGGUGUAGAUUUGGUUAGUGAUCGAGAGACCGGUGAGAAGGUCCGACCACCUGCCGCCAGAAUCAUCCCCACCUCAACCACCAAUUCACAUUCAAACUAUGCAGGCAGAAGAGACGAAGGAAUGGAGGGCAUUCAGUUAGGAGACGAAGAUCUGGGUCCAGUAGACAUCACACACGAAGAGGCUCUCAGGAGAGGGAGAGAUGAGAUACUCAUGCGGUAUGCUACGAGGGAUGAUGUAAAAGAGAGCGGAGCCUACAAACACAGCCAAUAUUACAUCAAGUAUGGCAAUCCUAACUUUGGUGGAAUGAGGGGGAUUAUUACACAGUCGAUGAAACAGAAGAUCCGGCAGGGCAAAUACAUCCCAGGACAGGCACGGAAGAGAAGGUACGAGGACGACUCCGAUGGAGAGAGGGAGCUCGAGGAGGAAUGGCCUAGGAAACGCAGAGUACCUGGGAGACUGGAGAGACGGUUAGGAGAACGAGAGACCAGUAGGCAGCACCGCUCACCUCUCCAACCACCACACAGCGAAGACGAGGCUGGCCGGAGCUCCGGGGACGAUGAUGAGGAGGAGGAGGAGGAGGAGGAAGGGGCCAACUUGGAGGCCGAAGUCAGGCAUGCGUUGAGAGAUGGGAACGAAGGCAGACAUAAGGUGUCAAGAAGAAUGUACGCUGAUGAGAUAGAUGACGAGAUUAAGAAGAUAAGAGAAACCGUAGAGGUCCAGCAAGCCACCGAACAGGUCAUGACCGAUGCACGGGAGAGACUACGACAAACUCAAGGCCAAGGUCAAGAGAGGCUGUCGGUCAAGAGUCGUCUCGGAGCCCUCGUCGGUCAUUCAAUAACCCCUGCCCCGUCCAUGGAGAACUUGAAGGUGAUCCUGGACGUCAACGAUCGCCUCUCCGAUGCCUGGCAGAGCAGCGGAGAUGAGGAGGGAGGCGAGUCAUUCCACGAGGAAGUGGACUACGAGAGCGAUGAGCUUGACCUCGGGAGUGACCUCAGGUCAAGGUUAAGUCGAAGGCAACCCGAGAUGUCGCGGUUUAGACCCGGGUUCAGAGAUUCUGACACAACACCAGCCUUCCUUGAGAAUCUUCCUUCCCUUCAAAUUGAGAUCAGAGAAGAACUCUAAAUAUCACAAUGACCUGACCUGACAUGAUGAUCUUUCUCUAGGUCAACUGAUUCAUAGAUCUUGAUUCCAAGCAAUGUUUAAGUUCAUUCUUUUUAUUUAUAAUUGAAUGUCUUUUAAGGUGAUCUGAGCAUUAUCCUGCCAAAAUUACAUUUCGGGGUCCUGUCUUAGAGUACAAGAGUUCUUAUUGAUUUGAAUCUAUUGUAUUUUAGAUGGACAUUAAUCACAGCUCUUUAUAAAAGAUAAAAAGUUUGUGGAGCUUUACAUUACAUCACAAGAAUGUUUGGAGCUUCUUCUUUUUUUCUUUUUUUUCUUUUUCUUUUUUUCACAAGUUAUCCAAGUUUGAUGAGAGGGAUUGUCUCAAUAACAAAAAGCAGUUGUAAUGAAAGAAUGAUCAUUCUUACUAGGUUAUUUUAGAUGAUAUACCAUUGUAAGAUUGGUCAUUUGGUUUAUAGCUAGCGUAUUUAUUAUACUGUUACUCUAUGGAAUACCUCUUCUUCUUUUUUUGUAAACAUUUUUUAACAAUUUUUUGUUGAUCAAUACUUUCUUCCAUUAUGAGUCAGUGCAAUUAAAUUGGAUUCAUUUAAAAUCACAAUGAAUCAAGAUUUUGAUAUUCAAAUAUAUCCUUUUGUGAAUAAAGCAUUGUAAAAUGAACGAGACGUACAAUGUACAUAGACCUAGGGAUGCAUUUUGUAUAGAUUCUAGAUUUCAUAUCUUUCAUACAUUUUUCUGUAUAUAAUGAGUAAUAAAAAUACUGAACCUCUUUUUGUAAUAUUUUGUAUAAAAGAUGAGGAAAAAGAAAAUUCCUGAUUGGGAAUAUGCAAGUAAUUUUUGGUAUUCUUUGUUAAUCUGCAAAAUUAGCAGUAAUUUAUGUUUGCAUUUUGAUUAUUUCGUGAUUUGUUUUACCUCAUAGGUAUAAAAGUUAGUAUUCAUUUAUGCUUUAAGAUAAGCUACCCGGUGACCUUUGGCUUUCCCUCCUAUCUGAGGGACUUGGUUAUUGGGGAUUAAUGCUCCUUACAAGAGAGAACUAGCAUAUUGACUUUGUUUGCAAACUUGGGACCUUUUGGUUACGAUACCACUACAUUACAGCAGAUCAUUAAUUUGUCCUGCUUCCUAACAUUAAUUUUUUCUAUUUUGGUCCAUAGUUUCUUGAUACUCCCUCCUUUUAACCACACAUCCUUAAAUGGUUUUGGUAGCUUACUUGUAUCUUCAAAAUAUAUUGGCAUGUAACGACAUGUCAGGACAUGUCAGGACAUGUCAGGAAUGCAAAUAGCAUAAUUGUUUACAAGAAAGAAUUUAUUACAUAUAGGAAGAACAAUUAUAAAUACCCUAUUACUUUACCUAGGCUUAUUCUUGAGUAAAUGAAUAUAACAAAAAAUAAAAAUAAAUGAUUUUUAUUUGACCACCGAUUUCUGAAAUUAAUCUGUUGUCAAAAGACAGUGUAGUCAAAAGACAGUGUAGUUUUGUAGAUUGUCAGAACCCCGGUUUCUGAAAUUAGUCUGUCGUCAUGACGAUGUAGUUUCGUAGAACUUUCGGGGAAGACUUCAGUGAAAGCUAUGUGCCAUGUUAAAUCACGUUUUUGUUUUUAGAACUUGUGUGGAAUAAUUUGUUAAAUACCUGAAAUAAGAAUCGGAUUAAAAUGGUGUGUGCAAUCUACACCGCAUUUCUUUUAUUGCAGUAGGAGUCUAUCAUAACUGUUUAAUACACAUCAGUCAGCAUCUUUGCAUUCAAACAUGUAGGUCACAUUUUGACAUCUUGAAAUUUGAGUUCUUUUAUCAAUGUAUAUGUUCAUUUACCCACGGAAAUGGGUUGUUAUCCAGCUUAAUUUAUCAAAUUCAGUGAAUCGCUUUCAUUGAGUUAUACCUUGGUUCGUACCAUUUUAUAAUUAGUUUCUUACAGGAUACUUCAAAGUAUUGUAAUUCUGUACUUUACAUAUUGUUUGUUCUUUAAAAUAUACCUCAUGAGACUGUUUAAUGGCUUGUUUUGGUUUUAUUCUUUUUAAGGAGGAUGAAAAUUUAAUUUUAUGAAAGGUAUGUCAAAGAAUGAUGAUUGUAAAUAAACAGCCAAGAGAACAAAA